GGAAGUUUAUUGUCGGACAUUAUUUUUCGGAGAGAAGACGCUUCACCUUUUCUGUAGAAUGACCAAGCGUAGCGUUUGAUUUGUUAUCGUGAUUUGCGACAGAAAUCUUGUAUGAUCGCAAAAUUAAAGGAAAGGCACGAACAAUAAACAUAGCAGAGUAUUAACGAUGUCACAACCAUCGCAAUUCAUCCAAGGGAUGAUGGGACCAGUGAAUAUGGCCAACAUGAAUUCCUAUGGGAAUAUGACCUCAGUGGGAGGAGGAAAUAGACUUGACCCAGCAAACAACAACAUGCCAUUGAGCUUCAACACAGGGAAGAAUAAACCACCAAUGGCCAGAAGCAGUAAUGAGUAUGGGGAAUCAAGUCGGCAAGUUAUCCCUGACGAAUCCCCCUCCAGCACAACAGAGGGCAUGAUGCAACAGCAGCAGCAGCAGCAGCAGCAGGGGAACAUGUUGCAAGGCGGCAGUGACAUGUACAACAUGGGAUACGGAGGACACAUGGGAUACGGUGGAGAUCCCUCUAUGAUGAUGAUCGGCUCUAUGAUGAACCAGUACGGCAUGAACAUGAUGGGCCAAAUGGGCCCCAUGCCAAGUUACGCAGAGAGAGAAGUGAUCACACUCAAGAGCUGUGUGCUGUACCCCCCUCCCCCAGGUGCCCCUCCUCGGAGUGUGCGAGAGCGUCCACCCGGUUGCCGCACAGCUUUCAUUGGCGGACUCCCUGAGAACACAACUGAAGAAAUCCUGCAGGAAGUGUUUGAGAAGUGUGGCAACAUCGUCAGCGUGCGACUCAGCAAGAAGAACUUCUCCCAUAUCAGAUUCGAGUUUCAUGACAGUGUUGAGAGGGCUCUCUUCAUCUCAGGUUAUCGAAUGAAGAUCGACAACGAGGACGACAAGGCCAACACCGGCCGGAUCCACGUGGACUACGCACUGGCCCGAGACGACCAGUACGAGUGGGAGUGUCAGCAGCGUGCUCUGGCCAGGGAGAUGCGGCACCAGCAGCGCAUCGAGGAGGAUCUCAUGAGGCCACCCAGUCCUCCCCCUCCCAUCGUCUUCUCCGAACACGAGGCUAUGUCCCUCACUGAAAAACUGAAAAGUGAUGACGAUUUCAUGAAUGCGGCUGAGAUUCUGAUUUCGUGGAUGGAGAAGGGAGACUGCAAUCGCCGCACCAACGCAUCCUUCUACAGCAUGAUCCAGUGCAUCAACUCCCACGUGCGUCGACUGCUGAUGGAGAAGCAGCAGAACGAGGAGGAGGUGCAGCGUGUCAAGCAGCAGUCAAUGUUCCGCUUCCAGGACAUCAUCAGACAAUUUGAUCAGAUAGUGCGGGUAUUUAGCACUGCCACCAAACAGCGAGCAUGGGAUCACUUCACCAAGGCUCAACGCAAGAACAUUGACGUCUGGUGCAAGCAAGCAGAGGAGAUCCGAUCUGUCCAACAGGAAGAGUUUCUCAGUGACAGACAGGAGGACGAGAUGGAGAUGUCAGACGAGGAUGGUGAUGGACCGUCCAAGAAGAGGAAGACCGACACAUCCCUGCAGGUUGUGGGUGCAGGUUGUAUUCCAGGAGACAGCAGCAACAUUGUGAACACUCUGAAGGAUGAGAACGACACGCUGAAGUGUCAGAUGGAGGCCUACAAGAACGAGGUGGACCUCAUCAAGCAGGAGUCCCUCAACUCACUCGACGAGAAGGACAAACAGAUCCGAGCUCUGCAGAACGCUCUGCAGGGGAUGCAACAGCAACUGAUCAGCUCCCAGCAACAAAUGAAGAAGUCGGAGCAGCUGUACAAGGAGAAGGAGAGGCAGCUGGAGGUGGAGCGAGCCCGCAACAAGUCUGCCCCCGUCGCGGACAAGACGGGGGACAAGUCGGGGGACAAGUCGGAGGACACGUCAGGGGACCAGUCAGAGGACAAGGAGGGCACAGAGAAGGCAGCAGAGGACAAGGAGUCACAGCCUGCUGAGGAGAACAGCAAGGACAAAGCUCCCACCUUUGAUGUGAUCGAGAUCCCCGAGAUCCCAUCUAUUCCAGGCCUCAGCAGCAGCAUCGAGUCCACCGUCAGCAGCUCCGCCAUCAACCUCUCCGGCAAGGAGGCUAAGAUACUAGGUCUCAUCACCUGCUUCCUCCAUGUCCAUCCGUUCGGGGCAUCCGUGGACUACUUGUGGUCCUACCUCAACCAGAUGAUCUCGUGCCGCCCCCGGGAGAUCGAGGACCUGGUGGAACGCCUGCCCAUGCUGUUCAAACAAGAGCUGCAGGGGGUGGGGGCUCGGCUGGAGCGGAGGUGGGUUUUCACUGGCUACUCCAGCAGCCCAAACACAGACGCCAGCAGUUCCUUCUGGACGGGUCGCAACAAGUAAUUGUGUGGAAACAUUUCUUCUUUGUCUCAUCAGUCGAGGGACAGAAUUUAACGCCAACCAAAGAACCUGACAGUUUGUCAGCUGUUUAAUGUACCUGUAAAUUUUCUAGAUAGGUCGGAGCAUUAUUGUGGCCUGAGGUUCCUCGGGAGUUGUCUCCCUUGUCAGUGUCAGGAUUCGCUGGUAUGGGUUCAAUUACUAGAUUUACCGUGCUUAUGGUCCAUAGUCAGGCUGCAACACAGAUGCCGCCUGGAUAUCUGACCACCCCUAAUCAAGAGUUGUCUCCCUUGUCAGUGUCAGGAUUCGCUGGUAUGGGUUCAAUUACUAGAUUUACCGUGCUUAUGGUCCAUGGUCAGGCUACAACACAGAUGCCGCCUGGAUAUCUGACCACCCCUAAUCAAGAGUUGUCUCCCUUGUCAGUGUCAGGAUUCGCUGGUAUGGGUUCAAUUACUAGAUUUACCGUGCUUAUGGUCCAUGGUCAGGCUACAACACAGAUGCCGCCUGGAUAUCUGACCACCCCUAAUCGAGGAACAUGCUCACUGACCCGCCCUACAACCAUUCAUAUUUUGAAAGUAAGAGGAAAAUUUACAAAACAGCUUAACUACCCAAUUUUCUUUACGACUAAAAUAGGUAACCCACAUCUUUUUAACAAUUGACUUCAAUUGCUGCCUGACUGUUAUCUUCUAUCCCUGAUGGGGUUGCAGCAGCAGCUGCCAUGUAGGAUGACACGGUUACUAUGGAGACGGCACUGUUACUAUGGAGAUGGCACUGUUACUAUGGAGAUGGCACUGUUACUAUGGAGACGGCACUGUUACUAUGGAGAAAGAGUUUGAGAAAAAAAUAAUUAAAAUGAGUAACUACUGAAAUAAGCCUGAUGCGAUGGUGAUUUCUUGUAGAAAAUGUGUGGGAUUUUCUCUAAUGGAUGAGUAUGUGUGUGUUGGGAAAUAGAAUCACUGCUUGCACAUGUUCCUUGGUGGGUAUCACUAACUAUUUGUGACAGGAAUUAGGAUGUAAUGAGAACAUUAAUAAUGUAAUGUUGAAGACACGGGCUACCUGUUAUUAAAUCAGUUACGAGCAGUAUAGCAAUACAUUGGAUGGGGAUAUGUUCUGGGCAUUUAACUGAUCAGUCUCUGUGUAAGAAUUCUAUGUAAAAUCCAUAAUUAACAUUUAAGCACGAGAUGCUAUUGUCCAUCGUCUCUUUCAUAUUCCUGUGUGUUAUGCCUUCAUUUAUAGGUAUGUAUUCACUGUGUAGUCUCAAGGCUAUGAGAUGGCCCUGGUUGAAUGUUGAUAGUGCAGAGGUUGGCGAGGGAAAUCUGCAGUGGGUUAUCUCCCUUUGCCUGCAAUCAUUGUGAAGCUAAGCUUAUGUUGUGUGCACAAUGUUCAUGUCUUACUUUUACUGCAUCAUGUGAUUCCAUUGUGUUGAUUAUUUUACUUUAAGAAAUAUGUGUUUGAAGGGUUAGAAACUAACAGUUUUUGUCCACUAGUCCAUAUAAUAACAUAUAGCAAAACCCUUAUAAUGGGCCAAUUUUUACUAGUCCUUACGAUACCUUUACUAUUGGGCAGUUAGGUAAGGACUACAGGACUAGUGCCAAUUCCUAAUCCUGUGUUUGGAAUCAACAAGUACACUGACUCACUGGACGAAUACAAGCAAACAUUGAAUCAGGACCAGUAAUUUUUUAAUUUUAGAUUAGUCGAAGAAAAGAAAUGUCUGUCUCUCUUCUCGUUCACCUUUAGGACAGACGUUCACCUUUAGGACAGACGUUCACCUUUAGGACAGACAUUCUCCUUUAGGACAGACGUUCACCUUUAGGACAGACGUGCACCUUUAGGACAGACGUUCACCUUUAGGACAGACGUUCACCUUUAGGACAGACGUGCAGGAUGUUUUGGUAGUGAUGAUGUGGAAACCUUGAAAUUGUUUAAAAUGGUAUAUUGUGUUGGAACAGUGCUUUGUUGAGUAGAGUUUGUCCUGAUGAUUCACUGCAAGGGUUUUGUUGAACCUUGAUGACAUGAGGACAUAUCUACAUGGCAAAUCCAUUCUUCAUGGCUUUGUUCACUGUUUACGUUGUGAUAUGUUUGAUGUGAAUGUGUGAGUUUACAGUUGAUAUUUCUUCUUCAUGUUGCUGUUGUUCAUUGAUAAGGUUUAUGUCCAUUUCUCGUAACAAAACAAUCAUGUAUUAUUUAGGUGAAGCAAAGUACCUCUUUCAGUUCCACAUGUGUUUACAUGAUACGUGAAAACCAUUUUUGAAUGUGGAUGUUUUGGACAUUUUGCCCAUCCUGUUUUAUGCUGAUGCAUCAUUUUCAGAACCAACACCAUGUCCUGCCCUUUUGGCAUGUGCCUGUGUAGGUCUGUAUGGUGUAGGUCUGUAUAGUGUAGGUCCUGCUGAAUGCUUCUAACAUGAGGACACAAUCAAACAAGUUUCCAGUUUUUCAUUGCACAUAAUUCAUGUUGAUAAGGACACGUGGUGUGUAUUACCUGUUGCACCAAGCCUUUGUGUUUGUUCCAUGGGAAAAUAUCAAUAAACCAUAAAUCUUGA